AUGCGGAUCAGUUCCAUUUUCAGUGCGGCGCCCACUCCGUAUUCUGAUUCAUCAUCCGCCCGGGAGCGGGGUGCGAAUGUUGGUGAGUUGCUCAGAGUUGUAGGUCCUUCGUCGUCGCCGUCGUCGUCCAGUGCUAAGGUCGCAGAGAAGUCGUGUUCUCCACGACCGUCUUCCAGCAUCAGUCAGGCCGACAUGGAGAUGGCUUGGCUGAAGACGCUGGUCAAUUUGUUGAACAAAAGUGACCGGUUUGUGUAUCCAAACCCACGCGCUUCUGGUGUUUUGCAUGACAAAUUUGGAUGGCGACCGAUCGGGAGCGUUCUGAUCGGGAAUCUGGAUAGAGGGUAG